GUGAGUAAACACUUGGGCCUCGGUGCGCGGCCACCAUUAUCUUGCUUGGGCAUAUUUGACCACUACGAUGGGCGGUUGAAGACUGACCACAAGACGUCCGUUGGUCACUACAUUAUUUUCUCGAAGAUGGGACAUGUUUUAUUUAGGAACAGAACGAAAAGAUCAUUUUCUUAGUUAUUGUUGCUGUUCACGUUGGGGGAAAGGAAUAAGACUUUCCUCAGUGGCUUUCAUACAAACAUAAUUCUUUAUAUAACAAGGCGCUGGAUGCCUUAUACCGAUGAUGACAUUAAAACGCGGAUCUCUGCACUGGUUUACCAGGCUGUGUGGAGUAAUUUGUCUAUUUCUGUGGAGUAUAUCAACCACCGUUAACGCUCAAGACUGGCCUUGUGGAUACAACAGUAGAGCGUGCACUGCCAUAGAUUAUACGCUAGGACGAUUCGCAGUUCCAGGCGAUUGCCAGAAAUAUUUCAGGUGCGCCUUCACUGCAGAUGGGACAUUUAUAUGGGAGAAAAAGAACUGUGGCAGAAAUAAAGCUUUCGUCCCGCUUGAUGAUCUUACAGGAUAUUGUCAGAGGAACGCAGAUUGUUCUCCGGUAACUUGCGCCACGCCAACUACGACGCCAACUACGACGCCACCGCCAACAACCAGCAUUCCGACCACAACAACUCCAAGAACAACGUCAACACCUAGAUCAACAUCUACAGUAUCAUCAACGCCUGUUCCGACACCGCCUUCAGACCCUCCUUCAAGCAGUCCAAGUUUAUCUCCGUUACCAGGUAACAAUUCAGGAAACUUUCCCGAAAGUACAGAGAAGCAAACCAGCGGUGUAGAUGGCGGUGCUGUCGCUGGCGGAGUAAUCGGCACCUUGCUCGUGCUGGGUUUGAUCUUGGUGGGAUUUCUUUGGUGGCGGAGGAAGGAAUGGGUGUUAAGUAUCUUCGAGAGAUUUAAACUGAAGGAAAAGGGCGGCGCUGCAGAUAUGCACGAUCCAAUGUACCGGGACUCCGAGAAAAGAGUAAUAGAAUCACCCACGUAUAUCGUUGAUUCUGAGGAUAUUUACACAGAACUACCUGACCAAACGUAUGCUAACGAUUCGCAACCAGAACCUCUCAGAACCAAAGCCACGAUCUUGGCAGCAGCUCACAAUAACAAUGAAGUCCAGAAAAGUCCCGCGUUCGUACACCGAACCAAUUCGCUAUAUUCCGUCAACGACAAUGGCAAAGAAGAACCUGUAUAUCACUUUGCCGAUGACCCCCAAGUAGAACCAACAUACUCUUUGGCGUCAAACGAUAAUCCUGCUUUUUCAGCAGACGACAACACGGCCGCGCAAGCGCACUACGACCUGGCAGGUCACGUGGGAUCAGAUGACGUGUAUUAUGAUACGGUAGCUGAAACUUUGGCUGGAGAUUCAAUCAAAAGACGCGACACGGGCACUAAAUCUAUGACACCUGAGCUGAAAACGAAACCGAAACAUCCUCCAUAUGCUAAGGUUCUGCGUAAACAAAGCAGUACGGAUGAAUCUGGAUAUAGCCAUCUUGUAGUGGCUGCAUCUGAACCUCACACAUACAGUGAACUAGAACGCUCAACUGAGGUUUAUGAAAAUACUGCCCAGUUAAAAGAAAGCAGCGUCGCUUAGCUUUCACCGGUUGGUGAACUAUUCCUUUUUUUUCAUUCAUACAUUCCAAUAUUAUUAGAUUUUAACGCCAAAUAAUUUUUAUACCAUGUGCUGGUCACAUUGGGAUUUUAUACCUUAUAAAAACAGAGUAUAUUGAUAUGAAAUAUUGUUUUUCUCGGAGAGCUGUUUAUAAAGGUGUAUCCAGUUGCUUUUCAUAACUUACAAUACUCUUCCAUAAUAAUUAAUUAGUGGUAGUAAUUUUACUAGCCAUUUGCUAUUUGUUAAAUCAUCAAUAUAUUUCAAGGAAUAUAAACUGAUCUUCCUUUUUAGUCCCUGCCUAUAGACCUUUUGCUAAUGACUUCACAUGCCUUUUCUCCAUGACGGACUGAUUUUUGUGGCCAAAAAUAACCUACAUGUAGUAUAUGGUAGAUAGCACAUUGGACUUCCUUCUUUUCUGUCGAGACAUUGACUUAAUACUCUUCACAAACUGACAAAAGGAUCAAUAGUUUAUGAACUCUAUGGACUGUAAGUCACACUGCCAUGCUGUGUAGAUAUACAUGUACAUGCAGUAGAUUAUAUACAUAUACGUGUGCCUUAAAAUGCAGUUACCAAUAUUUGGAAGUAUACUCAUAUU